GAUUUUUGUCAAUCCCAGCAGCCGAACAAAAGUAAAUAACACGCUUUGGUACCGUUUUCCACAAGGUGUCAGAUGAUGGAGACCUGGUGCUUGAAGUCUUACUGGCUCGGUCCCAGCUGUCCAUGGUGUAUCGGGGUCAGGCCGGCAUCGCUACAGUUACCUGUCGAGAGAAGAUUCCACAGAGAACCUGGAUCCACCUCGCCAUUCAGGUGUAUAAAACCAGUUUGAGUUUCUACAUCAAUGGGGUCCAGCCAGGCUUUCUACCUGUGGAUACACUUGUCCUUGCCAGUCAGGUCAAGGACAGUGUUCAAGGUCAAAGCAGAAUAGGACAAAGUAUCACAGGUGCAAAUCAGUUUUUGGGACGUCUCCAGGAUGUAAAGUUCUUUGCAGAGACUCUGACUAACAGAGAAAUUCAGGAGGUGUACAGCGGCAGUCUUCCGAGCGUCCGCCUUCAGUCUGAGUGUAGAUGUCAGGCCUCCCACCCCAGGAUCAAGCCUCAGAUGGAACACUACUGUAUCGCUAACGGCGUGGACGACGCUGAUAACAACGCCGUGCUCAGACUCAACGCGGAGGCUCAUAAUCUGGAGUUCCUGAACGACGGAGACAGCAACACGUACUGGAUCUCACAGUUCCAGAACCACAUAGAGCUCACCAUCAACUUGGAGGACGAUUUUCAGGUGUUCUUCCUUAACCUUCAGUUCUACAGUCCCCUCCCCCGGGCGGUCCUUAUUUCUCGCGAGUUGGAGGGGAGUUGGGAGGAAUGGCAGAUGUAUGCAACGGACUGUCAGGAAUACUUCAGUCAGACAGACGAUGGUCCCCUCCCAAAGCCUGACUCAGUCAACUGUCUCAAGUUCAAAAGAGAUAAAGAGAACACCCACUACUCCAAGGGGAACAUUACAUUCAGCCUCCUGGCAGCUGAGCCAGUACAAAGACCAGGGAAAGAUGACUUUUACGGUACCCCGAAACUGAAGGAAUUUGUACGAGCCUCAAAAGUCCGAGUCAAACUACAGGACCAUCAGCUGGUAACCAAUCUUAGACAUGAGUACUUCGGGGUUUUUGAAUUCAUCAUUAAAGGAAGAUGUAACUGUCAUGGCCAUGCCUAUACCUGCGAUAGCAUCACCAGACCUUACAACUGUAGCUGUCUACCAGAGAGUUUUACACAAGGGAACAAGUGUGAGGAGUGCCAGCCACUUUACAACAACAAGCCCUAUCGUGAUGGUGAUCUAGUUAACUCCUUUGACUGCAAGCCAUGUGAAUGUCACAAUCACUCUGACAGCUGUGUCUACAAUGCGACCCUUGACCUUUUCCCAGAUGACCAUGACCUGGGGGGAGGGGGAGUCUGUGUGAACUGUCAGCACUUCACCAGUGGUCAGUUCUGUGAGACCUGUGUCCCCCUGUACUACAGGCCCCGGGGCAGGAGUAAAUAUGACCCCGAUGUUUGUGUACCCUGUUUGUGUAGUGAAGCAGGGGUUGAAGGAGGAGAGCUGGAUUGUAAAAAGGAUGGAGGACAAUGUCAGUGUAAGGCCAACACAGGGGGUCGACAGUGUGACCUCUGUCUGCCGGGCUUCUUUAACCUUUUGACCUCUAACCCUGAUGGCUGUGAAAACUGCUCCUGUAACACGGAUGGUACACUCAAUGGAGAUGUGUCAUGUGACACCAAAACAGGCACCUGUAACUGUAAACAAAACACCAGAGGGGCCAAAUGUGCAGAUUGUGAGCAUGGGUACUUCAACCUGACUGCAGGCAAUCCAGCUGGCUGCUCCCCCUGUGAAUGUAACCCCCAGGGCUCCACCUCCCAGUUCUGUGACCCGGUCACGGGUCAAUGUCAGUGUAAGGACCAUGUGACAGGACGCAAGUGUGACCAGUGUACAGACAACUACCAAAACUUUGAACUCGGCUGCAAGGUGUGCACUUGUAACUCUCUUGGCACGGUGCCAGGUACAGUGUGUGACAAAAGAACAGGCCAAUGUGUUUGUAAAGAAAAUGUCCAGGGACUGGCAUGUGAUGAGUGCAAAGACGGCAGUUUCGGAUUUGGAGGAUCGGCAACCAAAGGAUGCUAUGGAUGCAUCUGUAAUUUGGCAGGAACCAUUAACAGUUCCCUGGUCUGUGACAAAAACUCUGGAAAGUGUGUGUGUAAGGAGAACGUGGUAGGGACUAGUUGUAAUCAGUGCAGUGGGAACACUUUUGGACUGAGUGUGAACAUCACAGAGGGCUGCGAACCCUGUAACUGUGAUCCCACAGGGACAAAGGGAGGUAACUCCAGCCACCCUGACGAUUUGUCAUGUGACCAGAACACGGGAGAGUGUACGUGCCUGGCUAACAGGAUAGGGAGACGAUGUGAUGACUGUGCACAAGGAUAUUUUACGAGACUGGAGCCGGGUGGAGGCUGUCAGCAGUGCGGUUGUCACUACGCCAGUACGUACGAACAAACGUCAUGUGACUCACUGACGGGGCAGUGUCAGUGUCGACAGAGCAAUACGGGUAUCACGGGACGGACCUGUGAGGAGUGUCAGGAGGGGUUCUAUGGCUUUAACUCAAGAUUAGGAACCUGCAGUCCCUGUGAGUGUGAGGUGGCAGGCAGCUUGAAUUCCACUUGUGACAUCAUCACGGGGAAGUGCUUCUGUAAACAGUUUGUGGAAGGUCGGAGGUGUGAUGCCUGUAUAUCAGGAGCCAGUUACAUCAGCAGUGAAAACCCUUAUGGCUGUAGUAAAGAACCAGCCCAGCAGCCCCCACCAGAGCACCAACAGAACAGUUCAACAGUGCUGUGGCUCACGUGGAAGGAACCAGAUUAUCCUAAUGGGGUCAUCAAGGAAUACAGACUCUUCAGAAAUGGAACGCUGAUCUUCACAGGCAACUCUUCUAAUAUCAUUUAUGAAGAUUCAGGAUUGUCACCCUACACGAGAUACACCUACAUUGUGGAGGCCACCAAUGAUUUUGGAUCCGUCCACAGUUCUCCAGUGACCUUCCGAACCCUACCAGGUCCCCCUACAGGCAUUGUCUAUGUGACUGUCAAGGAAAUUCAAGCAAGAACGGCUCAAUUAGCUUGGAUCUUUCCUGCAAAAUUGAACGGACCUCUCGCCAACUUCAGUGUGGUCACUUUGAAACCAAGCCAGCCCACUUUGCGAGAGCUACACUGGACCGGGCUAGAUAAUAAGACCACAAUCACAGGACUGGUACCUUUUACUAACUACACUGUGUUUGUUGUGAGCUGCAGUGAAGGAGGGUGUUUGGACAGUUGGCCUGUGGUAUUUAGCACUAAGUCAGCCCUUCCCACGGGAAUGGAAGCACCUGUUGUUACGAUGGUUUCUUCAUCCAAACUAAAUGUCACAUGGAAACCACCUGCGCAAGCAAAUGGAAUUAUAAUAUUUUAUGAGCUGUGGAUGAGAGGAUCAUUAAAAGUUGAUGGAACCAGGGACCCACAGGAGAAGAGGAUAUUCCACCCUAGUGGACAGUAUAAUCCCCGCCCAACUCGGUCCCCACAGGAAAUAGCACUACCCCCUCCUGAUACAAACUUCUUAGUCCAGGGUCUGGAACCUUAUGCAGUGUAUGAGUUUCAGGUUCUUGCAGAGAAUGACAUAGGAAAGACAGCCAGCCCCUGGGUGUCCCAGAGAACGGGGGAAGCCACGCCUAUAUUUACCCCCGCCCCCACAGUGUACUCGGUCAGCCACUCACAGCUGGAGCUACGGUGGGAGUCUCCCUCAGAGGAUCAGGCCCGUGGGGUCAUUAUGACCUACAGGGUGUACUUCUUCAGCAGGAAUGACCUCGCUGCUGACCCAUUUGCUCCACAAUACUUGUGGAAGCUCGUCAGUGUCUCAGGUGGUGCCUCAAGGUCCCAUAUGAUAGGGGGACUGGAUGCGUACCAGAACUACACCUUUAAACUAGGUGCAUGCAACUCUGAGGGGUGUGUCAACUCAUCAGAGGUCACUGGAACUACUCAGGAAGAUGUACCAGCUGGGCUCUUUAAACCCAAGUUCUACAGUGUGAAUUCCAGCAUGAUCCGCUUGUCUUGGCCUGAGCCUGCGGACCCUAAUGGCCCUGCCCCUCUGUACUCGGUGGAGAAAACUGUACCCUCCCUGAGCUUCCCUCCCUUGGUAGUGCAGGGAACCAGAUUUCCUGGAGGGGGAUACUACCUCUUUCCUCCUGAAAUUAUUCCACCUAAUGUAGCAUUCACAGGGAUCAGAUUUAAAUUCAAAAUGGACAAGAACAUGAGGAAUGGUCUCCUGAUAUUUGCUGCCUCUGCUGGGAGACAGGACGAGUUCCUGGCUAUUCAGUUCAAGUCAGGAAGGCCCUGGUUUGUGUUCGAUCCACAAGAUUGUCCAAGCUAUGUGGAGAUUAGCCCUUAUACCGAUAAUGACCGUACAUAUAAUGAUGACACAUGGCAUAGUCUGGUUGCAAUACGAGAUAAUGAGCUGUCGAGAAUCGAGAUCGACCAAUACAAAGGCACCAAAAAGAGUAGUUGUACCAUGGGAACGGUCAUCGGUCCCAGUACUGGGGUCUACAUAGGGGGACUGCCCACGGAUUUUGUCAUCCGACGGACGGAGACAGACAGCCGCCUCAAGAUCACACGAGAGUCUUUCCAAGGUUGUAUUAAGGACAUCCAGAUCUUACAGCAGAUGUAUCCAAAAGAGGUGUGGAAAACACUAGAUUGGGGGCAGGCCAAGGCCAAUGAACAGACCUUUCUGAACUGGGAAGGCUGCCCUGUUAACUUGGAUAAAGGUUACCAUUUUAUGGGUCAAGGUUAUGUGUCCAUGCCAAGUGAGAAAUGGAGGAUUAACAAUAAAUUCAACCUGGCAUUCCACUUUCGUACAGACUUGGCUAGUGGGAUACUGUUCUUCACCCAUGAAGGGGAGGGGAUGUACUACUUUGUAGCCCUUAUUGAAAACAGCCUCUAUUUCGAGUUUUCCAAUGGCAUUGCGACCGGCGGCGUAACCUUCCAACGACCUGAAGUCAAGUUUUGUGAUGGAAACUGGUAUCAAGUGGAAAUUAAAAAAAUAGGUCAACAAGCUUCGAUCGCUGUCCACGGAUAUGGGAACGAGACGAGAGGAAAUUCCUCCCAUCCCCUCAGGGUGGCUGUCGCUGGGGAUGUGUACAUUGGGGGUGUACCAGAGGCAUCUGAUGCCCGGCAUUUCAUAGAAAGGAACAAGCUUAAUAUUCCUUUGGAAGGGUUUGGAGGCUGCAUAUACAACAUUGUGUUGACUUGGUUUUCACCAGUUUACUACAAUUUUGAACUGAACGUGCAAGAAGAAUUGAAGAAUUUAGAAAAUGUCAACUUGGAUGGGUGUACACCCUUCAACCUGCCAGAAGACACAUGUAAACAUGAUAUUGUAGGAAAUGUUUACAAUGGAACGGAGAGAGAAUUCAUAGAUACUGAACUUCAGCCUUACUCUGACUAUCUGUAUCGAGUACUAGCAAGUAACGAUGCUGGGACAGGAGCCAGUCCAUGGGUCUAUGGCAAAACAAAAGAAGGAGCCCCUAUUGGAGUGAGGCCCCCUUAUAACGUGAGGGUUCUGAGUGGGUUUGAGAUUUCAGCCUCCUGGUAUUCCCCCCAGUCAUCAGCAGGUCUACUCUCCCAGUACAUACUGAGGGCUCACAACAUAGACAAACCACAGGAACCCCCGGUGGAGGCAGUCUUCACUGAUACUGGUGUCUACAGUGGUAAAAUUACAACAGCCAUACCUUACACCAACUACACGGUCAAGAUUGCCAUAUGUACAGGAGGGGGGUGUACCGAGAGCUCGGAGGGUGUCAAGGUCACGACAUCAGAAGAAGCUCCUGGAGAAGUACCUGCUCCAACUGCAGAAACAGGCACAUCAUACCUGCUGGUGAGAUGGAAACCUCCGGGCAUGCCCAAUGGCAUCGUGACUGGCUACUUCCUGUAUAAAGAUGGAGUAGAGGUUUACAGUGGAGGAGGUUACUUCUACAACAUCACAGGCCUCCAGGUGUAUACAGGUUACCAGGUGACCCUGCGGGCCUGCACCAGGGCGGGGUGUACUGAUGGACCCACUACAAUGCUGAGUACCGCCCAGCUCCCUCCCUCCUAUAUGGAGGCUCCUACACUAGUAGUGCUUGGUAAUACAAGAGUUGAAGCUCGAUGGACCGAGCCUACUCAGUUGAAUGGUGUUCUACAGAGGUACCUGUUGUAUGUCUCAGAGGACAACUCGAGUGUGGGCGAGAUCGCGUACAACAACUCGGACUUCUUCAUGGACUACAUCAUUCCAGAUCUUGUAGCGGGAACUCAAUACUUCAUCCGAGUUGGGGCCUGUACCCUAGGAGGUUGUACCCUGAGCAAGCCCAGCACCGUGACCACAGAGGAGAGUGCCCCAGAGAGAGUCCCUGACCCCGAGAUUUCCUCCCCCUCCCCACACUCCCUCCUUAUAACGUGGGAUCUACCAGGGCUACCAAAUGGCCAUAUAAUAUCCUACCAUCUCUACCACAAUGAAGUCAAAGUAUACAGCGGCCUGACUCGAUCCUACACCAUAGAAAACUUAGCCCCCUACAGUCUUCAGGCUGUGAGGGUGUCGGCUUGUACAGUCAGGGGGUGUGGAUCUAGUGAGCUGGUGAAGGGGCGGACAAUGGAGGCCCCGCCCACUGGUUAUAUUGUGAUGAACUCAGAGGUCAAGGAUGCUAGGACUAUCAAGGUUUACUGGAAUGCACCUGCCGAGGCCAACGGAGUCAUGUAUUAUGACAUCUAUGCCGAGGGGGAGUUUUAUGCUGAUAAAGACUCCGACAACUACACCCUGGUACGUGAGAGGAGAAGCUUGUUCCAUGGUCGUAAUGUGUCCGAGUGGAUUGAGGUGUAUCCCCUCAUCCCCCUGUCACAGUUUGUCAUCCAGGUCAAUGCUUCAAACACAGCUGGUUUCCUCCUUAGUAACACGCUUACAAUGGACAUGCCCCCAGGAACACCUGAUGGAGUUUUGUCCCCUGAUUUGGUCUCGGAGACCCCCACUUCUAUGAAGGUGACCUGGCAGCCCGUGGGGAGAACUAAUUCCUAUGAGCAGCCGCAGUAUAUCCUACAAUUCAGGGAUCUCAUCAACAAUGGAACCACAAUUUAUGACAUAUUUGGGCCUACAACAACUUUCCUUCACACAAAGCAAAACUUGGUUCCGUACACACCAUAUGAAUUCAGGGUUGUGGCGAAGAAUACACAUGGAGACACUAAGUCAAGCUGGAGUAAACAAACCACACGCCAAGACAAACCCAGAAAUAUAGAUCCUCCCCUGAUUACAUCUAUUGGAUCCCGCUAUGUGGAUAUAGUGUGGCAGCCACCCCUGGUCCCUAAUGGUGUGGUAAUGGAGUACAGAGUUUUUCAAAAUGAUCAUCUCAUGGCUGUUGUUGAUGGAAUGACAACUAAGAGAAGGAUGGAUGUUUUGAGACCGUUCUCAUCAUACAUCUUCACUGUAGAGGCCUGUACUUCAGGGGGAUGUCAAAAAAGUUCAAGUUCAGCAACCGUCAGAACCUUAGAGGAUGUUCCAGAAGAUCUUGCACCCCCAGAAUUACUCUCCCUGACCCCCACCUCAGUACAAGUGGACUGGGAACCACCUGGAAACCCCAAUGGUCUGAUUUCACAUUACCAAAUCGAGCGCCGCGUGAACGGGACCUCCAACAUCACCGUGGUUACAAAGAUACUUCCUGAUGCCAAGCCGCAGUUUGUGGAUGAUAUGUCUGAAUUAUCUCCCUUUACAGUGUAUGAUUACAGAGUUAUAGUGGUCAAUGGAGCAGGCACUCUAUCCUCAGAAUGGAACACCACCAUCACCAAAUCAUCUAAACCCACAGGAGUGAUGCCCCCUGACAUAACAGUAAACAGUCCGACCUCUCUAACGCUGACUUGGGAUAAACCAGUGAGAGCAAACGGAAUCCUGGAAUACUACGUUAUACGUCUGAACAAGGAACAGCAUGAAAUAAGAAACAUCAGUAUACAGAGUCUGAGAGUGGACACACUACAACCGUACACUAACUACUCAGUUACACUCACUGUAUGCUCAGAUGGAGGAUGUACAGAGAGUGCCACCUUCUCAGUUCAGACCCAGGCCACUAUUCCUGAGGGUCAGAAUCCCCCCAUCCCCACCCCCAUAUCCCAGAAUCUGAUCACUGUCACAUGGGAAAAUCCCCAGAGGGCCAAUGGACCAAACAUUCACUUUGAGCUAAUGAGAAAGAUGCUUCGUCAGCCAUUAGAAGAGACAGUAAUAAAUCCCUCCUGGCUGAGCAUUUACUCCGGAACUUCUCGGUACUUUGAGGACCGAGGCCUGUCGUUAUUUACUACUUACAUCUACAAAGUGACCGUGUAUAACAGUGUGGGUCAGCUGACCAGUCGAGACUCGGUGGAGGCCACUACCUACGGGGGAUUUCCCAGACAGGCUGCCGUCAUUAAUGUCUUACCUAUGAAUCAUGUGUCACUGCAGGUCACAUGGGUCACUCCUGAUGUGGUGGAACUCCAGGGCUCUGUAACAGAGUUCAUCCUGAAAGCUUACAGUGAGAGACACAAUGUGACGGAAUUCUAUGACCCCGGGACAAGCAGCGUCCUGGUCAAGAAUCUCCACCCGAACACUCUGUACACUGUCUAUCUGACCAUUACAAUACAUGGAGGACAGUCCAUUACAAGCAAUCCCAUGUCAGCCGAAACUUUAGAUGGAGCUCCGCUGGGUAUGGCAGCUCCACAGGUUUUUGUUGUCAGUGAUACAAUUCUUAGAGUGACCUGGUCAGAACCAGCGACCCCUAAUGGAGAGGUCACAGGAUACUAUAUCUACCUCAAUGACAGAAGAUUCAAUACUAACUCAGCCAAAGCAGGCUCCUACAUUCUCACUGAUCUCCUACCAUAUACUAUCUUCAGGAUUCAGAUGGAAGUUUGCACCACCUUUGCUUGUACACAGAGUCCUGAGAUCAGAGUCACCACCAGGGAAUCCUUACCACAAGGUGUGGUGCCACCAAAAGUGGUUCCUCUCUCCCCCACAGAGGUCAACAUCACAUGGAUUGAACCCACCAAGCCUAAUGGGAUCGUCCUCAGAUAUGACCUGAACAGGAGAACAAUUGUACCUUGUUCAUUAAUUCCCCCCAGCACAGUUUAUCCAGAGCACACAAAGUGUACGUACCUGGAGUGUAGCAUUCACCAGAAAAUCUGUGGGUCUGUCUGCUUCAGUGGACCUAAAGUUUGCUGUGAUGGAGUAAUACACACCAGUAAGCCAGACUUUGAAUGCUGUGGGAAGUCCUACUUGUACAAACCUUCUGUGGAUGCUGUUUGUUGUGGGGAUAAGUUCCACACACCUGUGAACAACUAUACUUGUUGUGGCUCUAGGUAUGUAGAAGUGUUACCAGACCAUACCUGCUGUGAAGACGACAAUGAAGACCGUGUCAGUGUGGGUCUGGGGAACUUGUGUUGUGGGGACAUUCCAUACCUUAACAACAGUGCCCAGAUGUGCUGUGAUGGUGAGCUUCAUGCUGCUCUGGAUCAAGUCUGCUGUGGUGGACAGGUCUACGAUGGUCAUGUGAUCUGCUGUGGUGACCAUGUGACAGGAAGUGCCUAUCAGAUGCAGUCUGGGAUGAUGUGUUGUGGACAGGAUUAUGUUUUGACCAAUAGGAGUCUGUGCUGCACUAGUGACACUGGGCACCAACAGGCGUUUGUGUAUGGCAGUGCCCUGGAGAAGACUGCAGCCAAUGAAGUGUGCUGUGGAUUAAACAAGAUCUCUAAAGGACUCGGCUGUUGUAAUUAUCAAGGCUACAAUCCCUACACUCAUGUCUGUGCUGAUUUCUCCAGCAUGCAAAAUGGUUGUGGAAUGGGAAAAACUUGCAAUAUGGCUGAUUCUAACACCUCAUUCUGUGACCGCUGCAACUUUGACAAGAACUCCCUGAUCUGUGGUUCAUGGACUGGCAGUCAUGUGACCUCUACACAAGUAGCAGAGCCCUCUGGUGACUGUGUGCUGAGUGAGGAGACUGUAUUCAGUGGACUGAAUGACACAUUCAUAGAUACCAACUUACAGCCAUUCUCUGUGUAUGAGUACAUACUGGAAGUUGUGAACAGUGCAGGAGGAACAGCAAGCAGUGUGGUAAAAACCAGGACCCUGGCAGCUGCCCCCAGUGGAGUGGUCCCCCCGGCAGCUACCGUGGACCCCUCCCAAAUCUACGUCAUUUAUCUCACCUGGGACAUGCCUAAAAAACCAAACGGGGAGAUAACCCAUUUCAUCCUAUAUCGUGAUGGCCUGGAACUCUACAGGGGUCUGGAUUUUGAGUUUACUGAUGACAAAGCAAUUCUACCAUAUCAGUCUUAUGUCUACAAGCUUACAGUUUGUAAUGUCGCAGGCUGCACAGAUAGUCAAGGAGUGAUGAUAGCGACUGCUGAGGGGGUCCCUGAGAGAAUGGAUCCCCCCGUUCUCCUCCAGAUCCAGUCCGAGAGUGUGGAGGUAUCUUGGAAACCUCCAUCCAAACCUAAUGGCAUUAUCACCAACUACAUCCUCCAUGUGUCAGAUGGGCGGGCCAUUAGAACCAUGCAGCUGUCAAUCACACUAAGAGACAUGAAGCCCUAUACCAACUACAGUGUUCAUGUUGAAGUCUGCACAAGAGUGGGUUGUACUAGCAGUAAGGAGGUCUCUUUUCAAACCCUUCAUGCAUUACCAGAAGGUGUUCUUCCACCUCGGAUCGUUGCUCUGACAACUUCCUCAGUUUUGAUUUUCUGGGAUCCUCCACAGUCCAUUAAUGGCCUCCUCAAGUUUUACUCAGUGAUGAGAAUCUCCUUCAGGGGAGCCAAGAAUGUAUAUUUUGGUAAAGGCUUAUCCUCGACGGACUCUGGUCUGGUGCCUGGAAGUACGUACAGUUACUAUCUGAUAGUGGGAACGAGUGAAGGCAACACUAGCAGUGCUAUUAAAUCGGUAUCCAUGCCGACAAAUAUCCCGGACAACAUUCCGGCUCUGAAGACAGUCACUGUACAGAGCAGCUCCUGGAUCUUUAUAGAGUGGGACCCCAUAGUCACGUCCUCUGGAACCAUCGAUCAGUAUGGUGUUAUACUCAAUGCUGGACAACCAACAGAGAUUGAAAAGAGAGUGGGUCUGAAUUUUUCUACUAUAGUGACUGGAUUGAAGCCUCAUUUUGAAUAUGAUGUCCGAUUGGUCGCUUGCUUGGCUGGUGAACCCAAUGCAUGUGGUAUAGGGGCUGGGACCAAGGUUAAGACUGAAGAGGCCCCGCCUUCUGACAUGCAGCCACCGAUUUUGACACCAAAGGGCCCAAACAUGGUAGACAUAGAAUGGGCUCCUCCACUCUUUCCUAAUGGAGAUAUAAUCCAGUAUUUGAUUUAUUAUCGGAAAUUGGGUUCUCUCAUUGAAUUCCUGAUCAACAGAGUGGAACCUGAGAUUCUACAGAUCACUCAUGCGGGGAACGACCUCAAACCAUACUCCCGUUACCAAUACAAAGUGGUGGCUGGGAACAAGAAAGGGGAUGCCUCCAGCGGUUGGGCUUUGGUUCGAACCCUCGAGGCACCACCCACAGGGCUGAAGCGACCAGACAUCAGUGCCACCAGCGCUUACGGUUUCAUGAUUCAAUGGAGUCCUCCUACAUAUCCUAAUGGAGUUAUUUUGGAAUACAGAGUGGUAUACAAAGAGAUAAAAAUAAGCCCAGGGAAUCACACAGUGGAGCAUCUGUCUAUUUCUCCUGAUAUCUUUAAGACUUUGGUUAGUGGACUGAAACCUUAUUCCAACUAUGAGGUCCAUUUACAAGUUCUGAACAAAGUUGGAAAUGCUUCUUCAGAGACAGUUAUUGUACAAACAGAUCAGUCCUCUCCAGUCGGUAUGCCUGUUGUCAAAGCCGAGAAAAUUUCUUCUGGUACUGCUUUGAUUUUGAGUUGGGAUCCACCGGCCAAGCCAAAUGGAGUUAUUUCUAUCUAUAGACUAUAUGAACUUGGUUCAUUAGUGGCUCUCUUUCAAGGUAUCAAUCGGGAGUUUGAAAUGAGGAGACUUCAGCCUUUUACCAUGUACACAGUCCAGCUCGAGGCUUGUACAAAGACAGGUUGUACCAAAGGUGUCUUUCAGAACUUCUUAACUGCAGAAGCUGCCCCCACAAAUCAGCCAACACCCAAACCAUUGGAAGUAAAUGCCACAUCGGCCAUGAUCUCUUGGGCAAGACCUCUGGAACCUAAUGGUGUCAUUCUGAUGUAUGAGGUACUGAGACGUGAGGAGAGAAGACUGACAAAGAGAGAACUCUCCAAUCCUGUUGUUGUGUAUUCUACCAAUGACACCCUCAGCUCCUCCUUUACGUACACUGAUGUGGGUCUGCGUCCUUAUACCGAAUAUCAGUACAGUGUCAGAUCAACCAAUGCCAUCAGUUCAGUUCAAAGUCCGUGGCAGACUGUCUUUACUGAACAGGCUCUACCCCAAGGAGUGGCCUCACCUACUGUAAAGCAUAUCCCUGAUGUGAUUGACAGCUUAAUGAUAACUUGGACUCCUCCCUCUGAGGCUAAUGGAGUGAUCCAGAGUUACCAGCUACAGAGAAAUGAUAGCGUGCCACUCAGUUUUGACAAAAGUGAUAAGUUUGAGUAUGUGGAUACCAACCUGCUUCCCUAUUCUUUUUAUAGUUACAAAGUAAUUGUUUGCACUGCUGGUGGAUGUACCACAAGCACUCCAACCAUAAUAAGAACAGUGGAGAGUCCACCUGUAAAAGUGGAACCUCCUCAUCUCGAGAGUGUAAGCUCUUCUGCCAUUAAAGCUACAUGGGAACCCUUAAGUCAGGAAAGUGGUCAAGUCACAAAGUAUCAACUAACAAUGGAUGGGAGCAGUGUCUACAGUGGACUCAACACUGAGCACACUCAAUCAGGACUCACACCAUACAAGUUAUACUCAUUCUCUCUUACAGUCUGCACUCGAGGUGGAUGUACAGAAAGUGGAGAAGUGAGUGGAAGGCCACUGGAUGAUGUUCCCACUAGUUUACAGAAGCCCACACUGAAUGUCCUCAGUUCUCAGUCAAUAGAAGUGAUGUGGAAGGCUCCAUUGAAUCCACAUGGGAUCAUCACCUCUUACGAUGUAAGAAGAGAUGGAGCAUUAAUCUACACACAAAGUCUCUCCAUCUCAGGGAAUCUGGUGACCACCUUUACAGACUACGGACUGAGUCCUGGAACAAGUUAUUCCUAUGUUGUAAUAGCAAGAAAUAGAAAGGGGAGUGUGGAGAGUCCAGCUGCUAUUGCCACAACGUACUCUUCUUCUCCAGCGGGUCUAAGUCCUCCUGUACUAAAGCCCUUGUCUUCCACUUCAAUACAGGCUUCCUGGAAUCAGCCUGCAAAGCCAAAUGGACAAAUUCAGAACUACACCCUUCUGUUGGAUGGACAAAUUGUCUACACUGGAGGAGCCAUUGUGCUCAGUUACACAGUGCCUGGUCUCCUUUUCUGGACCGAAUACACCUUUAGGGUGCAGGCGUGCACCAACAGGGGGUGUGAGCUUAGUGAGGGGUCUAAGGCCAGGACCCUGGAGGCAGUCCCAGAGGAACAACCCUUCCCCUCUGUACUGGCCCUGGCAGAUGACAAUGGGGGGCAUGCAGGAGUUUUGGUGACAUGGGACCCACCUCUGAAACCCAAUGGAGUUAUCAUACAGUACAAGGUGUAUAGAAGGAAACCUGUAACAGAAAUUAUAGGCAUGUCUUACACUGACAGAGUGUCCGUUUACAAUGGCACUAAAACAAGAACUAGUGAUUUCAAUACAGUACCUUUCACAACCUAUCAGUACAUGGUGAUGUCUCUCAACAGUGUAGGUGGGACAGAGAGUGAGUGGGCCAGUGUGAGCACGAAGGAGGCCCCGCCCACUGGACUCAGCCCACCCGUCAUUCAGAGUAAAACACCCAAGGCGAUAACAGUUCAGCUGAGUCCCCCUACAAACCCCAAUGGAGUUGUCAUUAUGUACAGUGUUAUCAUGAAUGGAACAGUGAGAAGCAGUGGUAACACCCUUGUGCACACCGUGGGACAAACAAACUCUCUCCUGCCAUUCACCUGGUACUCUCUCCAGGGGCGGGCCUGUACCCAGGGGGGAUGUACUGACACCCAGGCCAUCCUAGUCCAGACGGAAGCUGCUAUACCUGUGGGACAGGAUCCUGCCCUGGUCAGCUUUGCCAAUAGUACCACCCUCAAGCUGACUUGGAACUACCCCAGGGAACCCAAUGGAGAAAUCAUCAAAUUUAUACUGAAGCAGAGGUCUAGUUGUCCUUUGACCUGGCAGCCAUUUACCACUUCCUGUGUUCUGGGUGAGGAAGUGCGUGUACACGAGGGCCUGGUUCUCGAGCGGACAGUCUCGGGGCUACAUCCAUACACUGCUUAUGAUUUUCAGGUUCUGUCGUUUAACAGUGCUGGGAGAGUAGAAGAUGCCAGCUGGACUAGAGCUGAAACUCUGCAAACAAACCCAGUGUACAUAAGGUACCCCCACAACUCCAGGAAUGGGAGUCAGCUGUAUAUUGACUGGACAGAUAGUUUUGAGCUGAACGGCAAACUGCGGGAAUUUGUUCUGGUCGUUAAUGACCUGGUGGCAUUCCAUGGGGUGGGAUUCAGUAGCUUUCUAGAUGAAGAAACCUCUAGAAAGGACAUAAAGUUUUCCAUCACUGUCGUAACUGAGGUAGGACAAGCAGCAUCUCCUGCCAUAGAGAUCCAGUCUCCAGAAACCAUAGCCAGGAUCACACAAACUGGGACAACGUCUGAGGAGUUUUAUGAGGAGGUUUGGUUCAUGGCGCUGAUGAUCGUGAUGGGCCUGAUCCUCCUCCUGGUCACAGUUGUCCUGUGUAUGAGGUGUGUCCUGUCCUCCCGACCCUACAUACGCGAAAGGUCCCCCCUCAGAAAGAGAAGAGGAAAACCCAGGGAGGGGUACUCUGACGAAGAUACGUCCAGUGGGAGUGUAUUUGGGACGGAGAUGUCCCGUCAGUUGUAUGGUAGGCGGGGCCAUAAUAACCCGGCCCACUCCUACGAGUUUGACUUCACCUCCUCUUCAGCCAGCCCUAACUAUGAUGAAGAUGAUGAUGAUGGUGAUGAUUUUAUUAAUGAUGACAACUUCUUCUGGAAGAGAACACUGGACAGUGGAUUGUUUGAUGACAUGAUGUCCCAGGGACCCAGUUACAGCUAUUCCAAGACACAGAGUGCAUUUACGGACACCCAUGUGUGAUAUACAUAAUGUACCUAGAUCUCUAGUAAAGCUGUCCUCACAAAUUACAAUUAUCGUGGACAAAGAAAUAUUGUACAGAUUUAUCGGUGAUUAUCAGGGUUGUGGAUUAAAGCAUGCCAAGAAGAGUUCAUGAGUGACCCACUGUAAACUUGAUACAGAGACAAGUUUUAGGGAGCAAUUUGUAACGAUGAAGACAAUUUAAAUUGCCCUUACAACACUUUUUUAUAUACAUGUACUAUCUUAAAGUAUUUUUGUGAGACAGCUAAAUAAGUGUAUCAUUUGAAUUGUAUAAUUAUCAUUGUUAAAUGUUUUACAUUUAUUAUUUAUUUUCUGUGCAGCAUAGAAAUAUUUUUACG